CCAACAUUUGCUCUUGAGGCCGCCCGAGAGCUCAAAGCCUACAUCUUCCAACGACGUUCUUGGCCAUGUUCGGCGUCUUUGUGAUGCUCGGGCUGGGCGCGAUCGCACUCCCGACGGAGGCCACCACCGCGCGAAGCACCAUGUUCGGGUCCAUCCUCGAACCGGCACCCCCAACAGGCUCCAUUCAGUCCUUUUGCCGCUACUGCGGCUCCCGCGAGAGGGAGGACAACUGCACGGACGUCACCUGCCAGCUCACGAUGGGCAGGGUCGAAAUGCAUGUCCCGCUCAAGGAAACGCCCCACCACACGCUCAAGGACAACUCGGGCGUGAUCAAUGUGACCACCCGCGGCUACAACAAGAACACGCCGAUGGGACCGACGAUCAAAGUCAGGCCCGGCGACACCCUCAAGGUCACGCUCAUCAACAACCUGGCGGAAGAGGACGACCCGGACGCGCAAAUGGCGGGGCUCACAAACUUCCAGCACGACUACCAAGCGACCAACCUGCACACGCACGGCUUGCACAUCAGCGGUGAGGACCCGGCGGACAACGUCUUUCGCCGCGUCGCACCGGGCGACAACCACACGUACACGUACGCGAUCCCGAAGGACCACAUGCCGGGAACCCAUUGGUACCACCCGCACUUCCACGGGCCGACGGGCAUCCAGGCGGGCGGCGGUGCCGUCGGGAUGCUGAUCGUCGAGGACGUCGUGGGUCAGCACGGGACCCUGCCCAAGUACGUCGAGAGCCUCAAGGAGGAGAAGCAUCUCAUCAUCCUCGGCGUCGACGCAAACAAUCAGAAAGGAAUCGAACGGGGAGGCCAAACGUCAGUGGGGGGGGAAGGUAGCGGAAUGCUGCAGUGCUGCCUGGCAUACGGGAACAAAAGCAUGAGCAAGGAAGAGUUUGAAAAACGUUGGUUACCGGAGGAUAAAGGAGGAGCAUGCAGUGCCCCGGCUUCCAACUUCACGGCCGAGAAUGAGGAGUUGCUUGAAGAGCGGGGAAUGCGGAACCGCGAGGCCCACCUCAACGAUCUCGACGACAGGUGCAAGGAGAAGAACAACGGGGCAAGCUGCUCGAACGAGGAGGUCGCAGAGUUGGUGAAGAAGAACUGCGAGGCCGCCGCAAUCUGGCACGUCGACGGCAAACUGCCGGAUCACACGGACAAGUCGAACGCAGUGAUCGCGGCAGACGAAGCUCUCUUCCUCGUGAACGGCGAGUACGUGCCCACUCUCAAGUUCAAGGCGAACGUCUGGACGCGGCUGCGGAUCCUGUUCGCAUCGAUUACAGACCAGAUGUACAUCGUCUUCCCGGAAUUCUGCGAGGCGCAACUCCUCGCAAAGGAUGGCGUCUACCUGCACGACGCGCCACGACCGGUCAAGUACGCCUUCCUUGGGCUCGGCAACCGUGCGGAUCUCCUCAUCAAGUGCACUGAGCCUGACCCGAACAAGUACCCGAAUCCGACUCUUCUCGACGGGCUCCUUUACAACCAAAACGACGAGGAUGUCAAGCACAACAAGGUCACCAAUGUCGUGUGCAAUGCCGCCGACGCCAUCCCACACGCGAACAAAUCGGACGCCUCGGUGGUCCGAGAGACGCUCCUCGCAAAGGCGCAGGGCAGGAUUACGAUCCCGCUCAUGUACAUGGAAAUCGUCCAAGGGGUUCCAGCGCCCACGUGCACGCUCCCGAAGUUUACAGUGACCCGCCCGUGCUACCUCGCGAACCUGCAAAACGCCACCAAGCUGAUCAACGAAGAGGACCUGACGCAAGACGGCAACCUCGAGCUCCACUUUGGGCCCGGUCCUGACUCUGCCGAUGGCAAAUUCUUUUCCGAUGGCAGCGCAUUUUCUCCUUUCACCAUCAACAAGAAGCGGUUGGAAGCCUCUCUCAGUUCAACAUCAAAGGCGUCUUCGAUCACGCGUUCCACUGGCUGGCGACUGGCACGACACGCUCCAGGCAGCACGGUGCCGCCAAAUUGGUGCCACAGCAAGGCCUUUCCCGACGAGAAAUAUAACGAGCAUUCCCUGAACAACGACAAGAAUAACGCCAACAACCUUACGUUCGUCGUCCGCGCCAAUGUGGACACAUUUGUCUCGCGGCAGGUCGUUCACUGCCACGUACUCGACCACGAGGCAGCCACGCCCAGUCUCCAGGACUGGGGCAUGAUGACCAUCCUCAAUUUCACCGAAAACUCGGACGGCAAUUUCACCUUCUGGGGCAACAAGCUCCUCGACCCAACGUGCUUCCAAAACCAGACCUCCAACAAGGGUGCCACCGUCAAGGCAAAGGACGACGGAACCUUCACGGGGCUUUGCUGCGCCGGAAAGCACGACCGCGCGGGCUGCGGCGGCGGCGAGUGUAUCGGCCAGUACUAUGAGUCGCUGGGCUACGAGGCGGCCGUGUACGUGCUCGGCGGGGCGACCCGCGACCUGCUCUUCUCCUCCGUCCCCGUGCCGGACCGGGAGCCGGACUACUACGCGUGCGCGUGAGAGUUGGGCCCUUGCGCGGCUGUCUCGAGGGGGCCGAUCGAUGCGCGGCCCCGUUACCCUCGAGGCCGAUCGAUAGGCCGACGCGGACCGUGUCGCUAAGUGGUAUGGAGCUCCAUGUACGACCCCCAGGGUCGACGGCGCAACCGCAAAUCGGAGACUGCAACGGGAAUGAAUCGCUAAUCUGACUGUAUCCAUGACGUGGGAAGCCACGGUCCUGUGCUCAUUACCAGGAUGGCAUGUGCGCGCUCGGCGCGGGCUCGGAUGCGUGUUACACGCGUCUGAGAACGCGUUGGCUCGCAAUCGGGAAACGCAACGGACGAUAGAUAGGUAGCGUGACUGUAUCCAUGACGUGGGAGAGCCACGGUCCUGUGCUCACUACCAGGAUGGCAUGUGCGCGCUCGGCGCGGGCUCGGAUGCGUGUACACGCGUCUGAGAACGCGUUGGCUCGCAAUCGGGGUUUUCUUUUGAAACGAGUUUUUUUGUCUUGUUUCUUAAACCAUAAU